AAAAGCGGCGAGGGCUAGGCUGUGGUAUGGUCGGGGCAACGCGGUGUCGCGCGUAAAAUGACGUAGAGUGUGCGAGGGUGUGCCGCGUGCGGUACGAGGUGUGUUAGCGGAAACGGUGUCGCGGUGUGUAGGGUCGGCGCUGGCCGUAGCUAUCGUAGCGUACGGGAAAUUGGCUGUGGCUUCGCCAAUGGAUGCCAGGCAGGAGGAGACGCCAUUUUGAUAUACGGGCGCACGUCAAGCGUUCGCUCGUAGGGAAACGCGCUCUCGAGUCGGUCUGCCGCUUCGCGUAGGACCGCGCGGGUGAAUUCGUUGGUUCGCGAGGUUCACGAGUAUCGUUGGUACGAGUGCGUGGCGCAACGAAUCUGAAGCGUUUCGUUGACAAGUGACAGGUGAAUCGAUCGGGCCGCGAGGAAAGUCGCGUUGCGGCCCCGUGCUCGUAACACGGUUCGCUCGGUUGAUCGGUAGUGACUACUGUGUGUGGAACUACGUGUACAUUCGGAUUUUUCCCCACGCGGGCGAGUUCAGUGCGAGGGACACGGUAGCUCGUGUAUAUUGGUGCGCCGAUCCGGGGUGGCGGUGUACGGCAGGGAAAAGCCGCUGCUGUCUCGUUUCGCGCGCGCGAGAGAGGCCACCGGCCGACACUUCGGGCCAGGACAAGACGACCCGAUGUCGGGAGCGGGUCGCGACCCCGUGUCGACCCGUGGUCGUCCUCGUCCUCGCAUAUCCACCUCUUUCAUAGCACCAGGACGCUCCUGGCGUAAAUGUGCUCUCAUGAGCGCCCAUGUGCACCUCUCUUUCUGUCUGCUGCCCCUACGUGCCCUGUAAACCCAGAGCACACCCCGAUUAGCACGCCCACGCACUUUAUCACUCGCGAAUAUGGCCAAGAUCCUCAACAAGGACCCCGUCACCUACGAGAGGGAGAGGGAAAAUUUCCUGAAGGACCUCCGUCACUUCCAUGAGACUAGAGGGACACCGUUCAAGAAAAAUCCAAAAAUCAAUGGAAAAGAUAUAGAUCUGUACUUGCUGUACGUUGUCGUUACUGCCCAUGGUGGAUGGAUAAAGGUGAAUACCAGAAAUGAGUGGGCAUCGUUAUGCGAACAAUUCCAUCUACCCAGCGGCUGCGUGAACAGCGGGGUUGGCCUUAAACAAAUUUACCUUAGGUAUCUAGACAGGUACGAAAAGGUACAUUUCCUGGGAGAAGAUGGCCAACAAGCUGACGACGAUGACGAAGACUCCAGGCACAGAAAGUGGUCUGCAAGGGCAUUACACUCUGUUCCUCUUACUUAUAAUCAUCAUCAACACAAUGUCGCAGAAUCUCUUCGUGAUUACAAUGGCCUUUCGUCGGACCUCUACAAACCAUCCAACUACGAUAAACUCGCACUAUCGCUCCUCUCGCCUCUUCCCAAUGAGCAAGACUUCGCCAUCAACGUCUGCACGUUGCUGUCGAACGAGGGCAAGCACAUCCUACGUCUCGACAAGUAUCCCCGUCUCGUGAACAUACUCCUGGCGCACGCGGGUGUCUUCGAUUCACCUGGUACGCGGCAGCUCUUCAUCGAGGUUUAUUCCCGAGUGAGGAAUUACUCGAUCAACUCGUUCUGGUCGGAUGUCCUCGACUCCCAGGACGUGAUAGAUCUUACGAACGAGAGGACGUUCAUGAAGAAACCGACAGCCAGUCCACAGACCUUCUCUAGGCGGAAAAUCUUGGAGAGGGAGAAGCAGAACAAAAGCACCGUGUCGAUGGAGAACGAUGAGGCUUCUACGUCGAUGGAAAUCGAUGGGGUGAUCCCAGACUGUUCAAGAUUAGAUCCAAUUGGAUUGCAUCAAGAUGAAAGUUUAAAAGAUCAGAAUCAAAACUCCAUAAAGUUUGAGGAAGAGGAUAAAGAUUUGUUUUGUGUUGGACGGACUCUGGGAACGCAGGAUCCUUAUGGGCAACGUGUGCUACAAAUAGCGUCAAUCUUACGGAACCUAAGUUUUACUCCAGAAAACGCAACUAUAUUGGGAAGGAAUCGAUGUUUCUUGAGAUUUGUAUUACUGUGUGUGAGAGCAAGGUGGAGCAAUUUGCAUCAGCUUGGUUUUGACAUAUUAGGGAAUAUAGCAAAUGAAAUAAUCUUAAAAGAAGCUGGUGAAAGGAUAACAGAUGUUGUAUUGUCAUGUGUGGCAAAGGGAAUUGAAUCCCAAGACAGGUUUAUCGUUAUUUCCUGCUUGGAGGUGCUUAAUAAAAUUAGCCAACAAGACAGCAAUGAAGAAAUUGUUACAUUUGGAUUAGAAGACAAUGUAUAUGAACUUAUAUGCAGGUUUUUAGCUCUAAACGACAUAGCUCUUUUAGUAUAUACUUUGGAAUGUUUGUACGCGUUGACUUCAUUAGGUGAAAGGCCAUGUACUAGCGUCGCGCGGGUACGCGGAGCUAUCGACACAUUAGUCGCUCUUGUUACUGUAGAAGCGCAGAGUUACGGGCCAAAAGCUUGUAUUCUGAUGAGAGUAAUCGAAACAGUAUCCACGGUAGCGCCAUCACCGAAUACUACUCAGAACACUCCAGUUACCGCUACUGCCCCAACUGCAAUAGUGUCCUCCGCUGUACCAACUACUCCAGCCACAGUUACUGCGACACCAGCUCCUGUUAGCCCAGCACCUUCGCGGCCAACAACUCCAGCUGCGAUUGCAACAAAAUCUACAACGCACAAAGCGGUGGAGACGAAUAAUUCACUUCAACAGCAACAUGCACAUCAACAAAUUAUACAAGAAAAUGAGCAGUUUGCUCUGAGUUGGUUAAGAGCUACCUUCGAACCUGCACUAGGUGUACGCAUAGAACAAGAAGAAUUGUACAAAAAAUAUCUUGGUUGCUGCACAAAAAUUGGUAGAAGAGGUGUUAUUGCUCCACUUCACUUUCCAAGAUGUGUUAGAUCUGUAUUUGGUGGAAGCGUCGGACCAAAUCCAUUGAAAGGUGAAACAAGUGGUACUCAGUAUUACGAAGGAAUCCGAGUACGGGCCACACCUCCCCAAGUAACUUAUCCGAGCCAAACUGCGGUUGGGACUAACACAGCUCCAAUUCCAGCAGUCAACACAACGCCAGUAAAGGUGCUUCCCGUACAACAGCGUACAAUCAAGAGUAUAAGUCCUGCUCCUGAUAGCACGGCCCUAGACAAUCCUGCAUCUGGGCCUCCAAGAAUCCCUGCCCCUGCAUCACCUAUCCUAAAAGCCCAGUUAUCUGCUCCGCCAAAACCACCAUCCAAUAUCUCGAACACUGCAACUCAGUCCCAAAAUCCAGUCACCAAGGUUGAUUCUAAAAGUCAGGUGUCAGUAUCGCAUCCUCAUCUGAGUCAAGCAUUAUUGUCAAGUGGCUCUCAAACGCAGCCACAACCACAACAAGUCCAGCAAAUACAACAACAGUGUCAAACUGUCCAGGUAGUUGCAAAGGAAGAUAAUCGAAGUGGUACUACAUCCAGUUCCAUAAUAAAAAGCCUUCUGGCUACUAAGGUAACGGUCAGCAGCGACUGCAUGCCCAGUACUGCUGCGACUUGUGUGUCUACCCCUACUGCCUGUGUAACAAACACUACUGCUAGCAUCGCAUCCAGCAUCAGUGCCAACCAGCUAAUAACCAGCAACCAGGUUGCGCAACGUCAACAACAACAAAGGCUAUUACAACAACAGUUAACCAAUAUAUCGCAACCAGCUGCAAUUACCACUAAUGUAACAACAAUACUCCCAAAGACUCCUGUCAACUCGAAACAAAAACCAGCUAUCACACCCAUUCCUGCCAAAAAAAUACAAAGGCUCAAUGGAGCCAAAUUUAUUAUGACUAAUAAUUGUGACAAGACUGAAGUAAAUGAUAAUGAAAAUAUCAACCAAAUCGCAACAUCGACUACUUCUUCCACAGUGAUUUUAAAUUCAACUGAAAAUCACAUAUCGUCAACUAUUAAAGUAUGUCGGCCUCCAACUACAAUCGUAACUACAGUAAACAAAACGAGUCAACGUUCAACUUGUACAUCAAUCGCCGAAGAUUCGGACUCAACAAAUAAUUCUUUAGCAUCUAGUAGUGGUAUCGGUGGUAGUAGGGAUUGUUCUGGUGUCGGCAUAGAGGAGGAUAACUCUUUGACGAGUUUCGAAGGAAUAUUGUUAAAUGGUGCACCGAGCAAUAUGGAUAUCGAUGCACAAGAUGACGGAUCCUCAAAAGAUUCAUCUAGUAUAACAUCUAAAGAAAAACCCCUGCAAAGUAUGAUGCUUGCAGAUUUGUUAGAAAGGAAAGUUGAUAAAGAGCCCAUUUUGAAUGGUGUUUUAGGAAAAAAUUCUAUUAACGAGAAAGGAAUGGAUUUAGUAGAAAAUCAUAUUAAAAAAGUACUAAAAGAAUCUCCUACUGACAUUAAAAUAAAAGCCGAAGUAGAAGAGGGAAACGUUAUACAGACAGAUGUAUCCGAGGAUACUUUAUUCGAAGCACCUAGAGGGAUAAAGCGAGCUGCCAGCGAAUCAGAUGAAGUUGACGUGAAGAAAGUAAAAUAUUCCAAUGGUACAAUGUCACCGGAUCCUGCUGUUGACUCUACUACCGCCGAAUCCACUGUCUCGAGUAUAAAGUCUGAAGAACAAGACGAUGACAAAGAUAGCGAGAAAGCAACUGUGUCUUCUACAGCUGCAAACCUUUAUGCUGCUUUAGCCGCAGACUGCAUAGAAGAUGAAACUGAUCUUGAUGACAAUGUAAAUGUUAAGGAAGAAUCUCCUACCACAAUAAAAGAGGAACCUCACAUAUUUGUUAAUCAAAUAAAUCAACAGCCACCUCAACAACAACAACAACCACUCCAACAGCCACCACAGCAGCAAUCACACCAAUCAACACAACCACAACCUCAACCACAGGUGCAACAGCAACAACAACAGCAGCAGCAGCAGCAGCAGCAGCAGCCACCACAGUCGCAACCGCAACCGCAGACACAGCCACAGCCACAGUCACAGCCACAGCCACAACAACAAUCACAACCACAAUCACAACCACAACCACAACCACAACCACAACCACAACCACAACCACUACCACAACCACAGCCGCAACAACAACCUCAACCUCAACAACAACUCAUCGUCACAGCACCUAGGCAAAUAGUAGUACAACAAACAAUUCAACCUAAUAACCAGGUUAUUAUACCAACUGGUCCAGUAAAAGGAAGGCAGGCACAACCUCAACCGCAAGUUUUAUUGCAACAAGGAGCAGGAGGUCAAUUACAGUACGUCGUAUCUGGUGGUGUACCCGGCCAAAAUUACGUUCUAGCUCAACCACAAACGACGUUGGUUCAGGGUCAAGCGCAAACUGUGCUGGUAGCUCAGACGACACAGCAGCAAGGAACAGGAGCAAAAACAAUAAUUAUUUUGCAAUCUCAAGCAGCUGCUCAACCGACUCAACAAAAAAUGGUGGCCGUCACACCUCAGGGACAGCAGGUUGUCGUUACACAAGUCUCGCGUCCUAUCUUGCAGAGUCCAGCUCUCGGAAAUAUACCUCCACCUUUGGUUCCAACAUCUGGCACAAUACCACAAACUUCUAUAAUAGUGAAUAGUUCCGUAGCACAAACGAAUCCGAAUACGGUGACCGUUACAAUUCCCGCGAUGGCCCAACAAACACCAGUGUCGACGAGUGUGCCAUCAAGAGUGGUGACACCAACUCCAGCCUCUACUCCACCACCUACCAGACCCACAACGCCUCAUCAAGCAGCUGCAACGCACGGAUUGGCCGCAAAACAACCCGCUAAAGUAAUGAAGACUGUCAGUUCCUCAACUUCCACGGAACCGGAAUCUAAACCGUCUACAAGUCAGAAUCAACCGGAAAAGACCAUCACGAUAAAAAUUGAUCCCAAUGCCUAUUUGUGUGAAUGGCGGGGUUGUUUAAGACAAUUUAAAACACCACACGAAGUUUAUCUUCAUGUAUGCGAGGCACAUUGUCCAACUGGUGGGGAAGAAAUAUUAUGUCUUUGGGCGAGCUGCGAUGCUUUAAAAAGGCGCAGAUUUUCGUUAAUGACACAUUUAUAUGAUAGGCAUUGUAAUGCGGAAACAAUGUCGAUAAGGAGGAAACAGUUAACGGUAACAGGCAAAACCGAAGUUUCCACGUCGAUACCGCCGACUCCUCAUCACCCUGGAUAUGCACCAAAUGCAGCAUUCCACGCUAUUAAACGGCACGCUUUGGAAUUUGUAAAUCCAAAGGAGUUGAUGCAAAGGCCGACCAAGCCCGCUGCAGCCACCUCAAGCUCUUCUUCUCCCAGACCUGGGCAAAAUCCUCCACCAGAACAGGAUGACAACGAAGGUCCAGUGACCAAAAGUAUUCGCUUGACUGCAGCUCUUAUUCUCAGAAACCUAGUCAUAUAUUCAACACAUGGCAGAAGGCAUCUUAGAGCGUACGAACCACAUUUGGCAGGUGUCGCAUUAAGCAAUGUCGAAUCAUCGAGAACAAUCGCACAAGUUCUGUAUGAUAUGAACGAUCAAAGCAGCAGUAACCAUAGGUGACCUCUUGAACCAGGCCUCUAAAAGAAAGCUCUUUCACGUUGCGAGCAGCGAUCAACUCGUUUAUUUUGAAUUUUAGUGUAAAGUGAGAGAACAAAAGUAUGAUAAAAAAGAUGCGAAAAGUUUGCAAAAUCAUCGCAAAAGAAAGGUGUGGUUGUGCGUUGUAAGGAAAGAAAGAAGAUAUAAAUGGUGAAAAGGAUGUACUAGAAGAGAAGAGGAUACGGCAAUGUUCCAUAAUUAUUAAAGAGGCCUAUAAACUUACUAGGCAAGUCGACUUGCCGAUUUAGACUAUAAUAAUGUACUGUAAUUAGUUAACACGAACGAAAGACAGUAGUUGAAGUGAUUGCAGAUCAGUGAUAAAAGAAAAAAGCAAACAAAAAACGAGAUAAUAUUUCAAAUUUAAUAUUAAUAUUUAUUUUCUCAACAAGAAGCGGAAGAAAUGUUUUUAGUAAUCGUGUACAAAAAAUGA